AUGACAACGGCAGCUGAUGCGUUGGCUGCGGCCAAUGCGGCAACGGCCGCCAUUACGGCUAAUGACGCUCGCAUCGACGCCAUAGAACAAGGCCAGACGACCAUUGCAGCCCAGCUGACGACCUUGACGGCGCAACUUCAAGCUUUUCUCACAGCCGGUGGUGGCGCUGGUGGAGCUGUUGGCGGCGGCGCGGGUGGUGGCGCUAGUGGGGGAGGCAGCGGUGGCGCUAGUGGCGGUGGUGGUGGUGCCGGCAGCAGCGGCGUUGGUGUUGGUACCGGUGGCGUUGCUGGGCAUGCGGUUCCACAUCCGAGGCGGCGGCUCGAUCCAUCUGGAAUGGAUUAG